UUCGUCAUCCGUAACCCUGUUGGCUCAAGUUAUACAUAUUAAUGGUGCGUGCCGCACGUGUGGGUCAGUGCGCGCUCUCGCAGCAUCAUUGGCACCAUGACUUCCUUCCCCGGCGCCAGCUUCCUGGGCCGGUUUGGGCUGGACGAGCACAACCUUCGCGAGUCGAUCUCGGGUGGCGUCUCUGGGACCGCUAUGAUUGUAGUGACGCACCCGUUGGACACGAUUAAGACGCAGAUCCAGCUGCAGCACAAGACGGCUGCCGGCGGAGAUACUUCCAGCGCGGUGAAGAAUAUGGGGAUACUCCGCACCGCAUUGGCAAUUUAUAAGGGUCCUGACGGGCCAAAAGGUUUUUUCUUCGGGGUUCAGGCAGCACUAGUCCAGGGAGCUGGCAAGGUCGCAUUGCAGUUCUCAAUAUUCGGCCAGCUCAACCGAACCAUUGGGAAAGCAUGGGCAGAUCGCUAUGGAAGCGGGGGUGAGCAGACUGCCGCAGACAAGCGCACCCAGCGAGCCGUGGCAGGGACCUGCGCAGGGUGUGUCGAGUCCAUGCUGUGGACUUCUCCCACCGAGCGGCUGAAAGUCGUCAGGCAGGACAUGGUCAGAGGAACUGGCAGAGCGGCGCACGAGGGCGCGCAGUUCCGAGGGCCGAUCCACACCACGAUGGAGCUGUUCAGAACCGAGGGCCCUCUGGCACUGCACCGCGGCGCUCUGCCGACCCUCCUUCGACAGGGCACGCAGCUCGGCUUCAGGUUUGCGCUAUACUCCGACGUAAAGAACGGCAUUGAUUACGUCUUCGCCGGCUCCAAGCGUGAAGGCACCUUGGGUGAGAUUCAGAAGUUCGUCCAAACCAUGGUAAGUGGAGCAUCAGUCGGGGUGCUCGGGACGAUACUGAAUAACCCCCUUGAUGUGAUUAAGACAAGGAUGCAGCGGGCCGGAAGUGAAGGAACUUUCCGAGAAACGAUUUCAACGAUAUUGAGGGAAGAAGGCGUCAGAGGUUUCUACCGUGGUCUCGCAGCCCGUUGCCUCAAAGUUGGGAUGCGGCUGUCAAUUAUUUUUUCUGUCUUCGAGAAGUCCAACCAGUCGAUGGGUGGAAAACCCUUGUGAGCCAUCGGUCUUCGAGAAGUCGAAGUGGCCACUCGAGGGUACGUGAGUUGCUUCACACAUUUUCCAGGUGCGCUCUUGAUACAGCUUUCGUAUCACGAAGGCCUUGCAGCCGGUGCCGCCGACCCAAAAGGACGACGACGACGACGACCACGAAGACGACCACGACGACAACGACAACGACGAGGGCUUCCCCACUUCGACACAACUGUGACAUUGCCAAUGUUCCUCUGAUUGGUGUGCACCUCGGGUGAUUGGCGCUGCCCCUUCGGCUUGACGCGGCCGCACAAGCUUCUCACACGGGCCGACAUGGUCGUCCAAUUUUCCAACCGCAUGCGACUGGCAGAUGGUAUUGCUUGCGGAUGCAGUGAGCCGAAUCGGGCGGGACGUAACCCAUCAUCACGUCCUGCCUAAGAGGACGAGAGACCUUGGGCAAGUCGUCCGAGGUGCCAGGCACGCUGGGCGCCCGGCGUGCUGCUGGCCAGCUCGAAACGCUGGGCAUCUCCCUAUCUUCGCCAUGUUGCGCAGUGCCGUGUCUUCGUUCCGCCUGCGGGCUGCCAUGACUGCGGACCUGACGGCGCUCUCCUGGAGCUCGUGGGGCUGCGUGUCAGAGGGGGAACGGGCUUUUUCUUGUCCUGGCCCCUUCCGAGGCCGUCUUGUCGGGG